UCCUUGUGACAGGAGGGAGGCUUCUGGGAAAGAUGGCAGCUUCCUUUUGAAAGUGGGGAUUUGCUGUUCUCCGAGGAGGUGUCUGAAGUCUCUCUUCAGUGGAUAAUCGGACCUCCAUCGCACAGUCUGGCUCCAAAGUAACACUUCGUUUGUAGAAGAUGGAGAAGAGCGGGAGCAUCGACAGUCUGGGCUCGAAACGAUCCUCUUCCCGGCAGCCAAGUGUUGAUUCAUUGUCCAGUACUUCCACCUCUCGCUCUGACCGGUCAGCCCCGGCCAAGCCACCCUCCGCAAUGUCUUCGGAGUCUGUUGCCACCUCUGCAGAGCUCUCCCCAGAGAUGAGGGCAAGUAGCCUACACGUUAAGCCCAAAGCUGCUGCAAAGAAGGUGCUGAGAGAGUCGGACAAAGAGGAACCACAGUUACUUCCAAAUGAAACCGUGCAAGACAUGGCCCAAGAUGUCACCUACUUCUGUCCUUUCAUUGGCGCACUGAGGGGAACUGUGACAGUAACCAACUACAGACUUUUCUUCAGAUGCAUGGACAGGGAGCCAACAUUUGUGCUCGACAUUCCCCUGGGUGUGGUGAGUCGUGUGGAAAAAAUUGGAAGUGCUUCAAGCCGCGGUGACUUGUCCUAUGGGCUGGUUUGCAAGGAUGUGCGAAAUCUGCGAUUUGCACACAAACAAAUGGAUGACACACUGAGGAAGUCCAUUUUCGAAGUGCUGAUGAAAUUUGCGUUUCCUGUUUCCAACGGGCUGCAAAUCUUUGCCUUUGAAUAUGGGCAAGUCUUUCCUGAAAACGGAUGGAAGGUGUACGACGCUGUGUCUGAAUACAAAAGACAGGGUAUACCCAAUGAAAGUUGGAGGAUAACCAAAAUAAACGAUCACUACGAGGUUUGUGACACCUACCCAUCAACCCUGGCGGUGCCAGUCAACAUUCCAGACGAGGAGCUGAGGAGAGUGGCUGCCUUCAGAGCAAAGGGGAGGAUUCCUGUGUUGUCAUGGAUUCAUCCCGAGAGCCAGGCGACAGUGACACGCUGCAGUCAGCCAAUGGUUGGGGUGAACGGGAAGCGCAGCAAAGAGGAUGAGAAAUACCUCCAGGCCAUCAUGGAUGCUAAUGCUCAAUCCCACAAACUCUUCAUUUUUGAUGCCCGGCCCAGUGUCAACGCGGCUGCUAACAAGAUGAAGGGGGGCGGAUAUGAAAGUGAGGACGCCUAUCAAAACGCUGAGCUGGUGUUUCUGGAUAUUCACAACAUCCAUGUGAUGAGAGAGUCGCUCCGCAAGCUGAAAGACGUGGUAUACCCAAAUAUCGAGGACUCCCAUUGGCUCUCUAAUCUGGAGUCUACUCAUUGGCUUGAGCACAUCAAGCUGAUCCUUGCAGGAGCCCUAAGGAUUGCAGACAAGGUGGAGUCUGGGAAAACCUCCGUGGUGGUGCACUGCAGCGACGGCUGGGACCGCACAGCCCAGCUCACCUCACUGGCCAUGCUCAUGUUGGAUGGCUACUACCGCACCAUCCGUGGCUUUGAGGUGCUGCUGGAGAAAGAGUGGCUCAGCUUUGGCCACCGAUUCCAACUGCGUAUCGGUCACGGCGAUAAGAACCACACAGACGCAGACCGAUCUCCUGUUUUUAUUCAGUUCAUUGACUGUGUGUGGCAGUUGACUCGCCAGUUUCCUGCUGCGUUCGAGUUUAAUGAAUACUUCCUGGUGACCAUCCUGGACCACCUGUACAGCUGCCUGUUUGGGACAUUCUUAUGUAACAGUGAACAACAGAGGUUGAAGGAGGAGAUUCCAAAGAGGACAGUGUCGUUGUGGUCUUAUAUAAACAGCCAGCUAGAGGAGUUCACCAAUCCUUUGUAUGUGAACUAUUCCAACCAUGUGCUGUUCCCUGUAGUCAGCUUACGUCACCUGGAGCUUUGGGUUGGCUAUUACAUCCGCUGGAACCCUCGCAUGAGACCUCAGGAACCGGUUCAUCAGCGCUACAAAGAGCUGCUCGCAAAGCGCGCCGAGCUGCAGAAGAGAGUGGACGAGUUGCAGAGAGAGGUGACCAAUCGCUCGGCCUCCUCCUCCUCUGAGAGGGCGGGCUCUCCCACACGCUCCAUCACUCCAGUGCAGACCUUUGUUUGACACCCACUGACCCUCAUGCAGGUCGCAGAAGCAGAAUUUGACUUGUGGGGAGAUGCCAUACAGUAGUUCAGGUCACACCUGUUGCCAUAAAGGACCUGUGUGCAUUUUUUUUUGGGGUGACACAAUGUUGAAACACUACCACCUAAGACUUAGCAGAUUGCUGUAUUUGCAUCUUUCACAGGGUUAUGUAGAGUCUGUGUGUGUCUCAGGCUGCUUUAAUACAGCCAUAGUGCACUCUACUUUCACAGUUCAGAGGAUACAAAACCAGAGUACUGUUUAGCAUAACAAACCACCUAUACAAUCAGUGUUUUUGAAAGUAUGCUUUACUUUUACGCAGGUAAAUUAUAUAUGCCUUAUACACUUCAUAGGAACACUUGCUUAUUCCUGCACACUACAACUGUUCAAUUUUCAUUUGAAAGCAAUACUGCUGAAGCAAAUGUGAAGAAUUUCAUUUUCUGCAGAAGUUUCUCACACUAGCACUAAAACUGCCUUAGUGGCUCCUGAGUUGUCUAACAUCUCAUCAUGUAGCUAAAGGGCUGUAAUGUCAGCAUCCUCUAAGAAUGAAGAACUAGUCAUAGAGCACACUAACAAAUAUCUAUGCUUUUAGAUUAUUGUGACCAAAUAUUUGUGUUACUACAUAAAGGUUCAUGUUUGGCAUUCCUCUCAUUGAGCGAGUUCAGUUCCAUAAGUUUCAUUUUUCUAACUAGCUCAUUUUAUUUAUUAUCAUUAAGUGCAGACUUGUAUUUAUGGCUCACAAACACUCUUUUCUCUUGCUAUUAGUGGAGGAAAUAUGUUCCCAUGCAACAUUAACAAACUACAGAGAAUAUGCAAUAGCUCUUUUGUUCAUGUGAGAGGACAUUUCAUAAAAGAUGCUUUUUCAAAGCUGUCAGCUGAUGUUCUUUUUAUUCACAGCAGAAUGUCUGACUAAUCAUUUGUUUUGAGUGGUUGUUUUUUUUGUCUAGUUUCACUAAUCUGAUUGGAUAUCUGUGCCUUCCUCUGAGUGGCUGAUUGAAAGAAGAGAACAGUGUGCACAGUUUUUUUUAAUUGCUAAGGUUUAUAGAGUAAGUAAAUAAAGAGUAAGUAAGCAUUUCCUCUUUGCAUGUACAAACUUGCAAUAAACAUGGGAAUCAAU